AUGUCUGGAAGAGGUAAGGGCGCCGGAAAGGCUCGUGCUAAGGCCAAGUCCCGUUCUUCCAGAGCUGGGCUUCAGUUCCCGGUCGGCCGUGUUCAUAGGCUGCUCCGUAAAGGUAACUAUGCCGAGCGUGUUGGUGCCGGUGCCCCCGUCUAUCUCGCGGCUGUGCUGGAGUAUCUGACCGCUGAGAUCCUGGAACUCGCUGGAAACGCCGCCCGCGACAACAAGAAGACCAGGAUCAUCCCCCGUCAUCUGCAGCUGGCUGUCCGCAACGACGAGGAGCUCAACAAGCUGCUCGGGGGAGUCACUAUCGCUCAGGGUGGAGUGCUGCCCAACAUCCAGGCGGUUCUGCUGCCUAAGAAGACCGAGAAGUCAAAGUAGAUAACCCUGAUCCAACAAACCAACGGCUCUUUUAAGAGCCACUCAAUUUAUAUUACUGAGCUCAGUCCCAAUCCGUGUUAUGCAGUGCUUGUAUGGUUACGGCUAACUUGGUCUUAAGUUUAAAUUUAGUUGUGAAAGGUAACGUUAGGAAGUACCUGACAAGAGCAUGUAUUAUGCUUAAAAAUGAGAAUAUGCUUAAAUAAUUUGAAGCACAGUUCUUGUAAAAUAAAGUCGCCUGUUGAUACUGAACAGAAAACUGAAUCUAAAAAAAAUCCCCAUGUGUUCUGGUAGAAUGUGACCCACAAUAUGCCAAGAAGAUUGAGAGUGCAGCAAAGAAGCCUGCCGCCACUAAGAAGUCUCAGAAGAAAGCGCCCAAGAAGCCCGCAGUUCAAACCGCACAUUCUUAUCACGACUUCCCUCAAUACGGAGUCAUGAAAGGCGCCGACUUAAUCCAUCGAAAAACCGUAAACUUUAACCCUCACCUCACUUGUCAUGGGCACUAAAUUAUCCACUUCCGCGGCAGCCAAUUAGCUAUUCACUAUG